UGUUUAACUUGCCGUAAUGGCUGACCUUUUGCUUCGUUUUUCUCUGUCUAUUGGAUAAAGAGGGCGAAUAGUUCAAAGCAUGAUUAGAAUUUAAGGUUACUCCCUACUGUGUCGAAGUUUUUACUGAAAGUACGAAAAUUGCUAUCAUUUGAAAUUAAUUUCUUAAUUUAAAUGUAUCCGGGACAUCUCUAGGCAUUAUUUGUGUUGCCUUCAGUGAGAAUUUCAAUCAGAGGCUAGUGGUCCAGGAGGACAUGGUUUUUGUUUAUUUCCCCUAGUUUCAAUUCCUAAUCAAUUGGUUUAUCUGUUAUUGUUGUGUUGAAGAAGCAGUUAAGUGCACUGAAUUGAUGCUGCAAAAGCUAACGAAGAAGCUAUAAUGUUCCAGACAUUCUGUCUACUUCAUUGAAGCCUUAGCGAGCAAGAAUUUUUUGGAUGACUGAGAGCUACGAAAUUGGCAAAUCUAAUUUUGUUACGAACCAAACUGACUCAUGUUUACACAAACAGAGCAAAUAGGUGGAUACCGUUCUACUUGUGUCAAUGGCGUCCAGAUAAAAGAGGACACAAUGUUCGAUCCAAGCAUGCAACAACAGCAACAGUCACAGCAACAGCAAGUGCAACAACAACAGCAACAACAGCAAGUGCAACAGCAAGUUCAACAGCAACAAGUCCAGCAAGUACAGCAACAACAGCAACAAGUUCAACAGCAGCAAGUCCAGCAACAGCAACAACAGCAGCAGCAGCAACAAGCUCAAUCACAAGCGCAGCAACCACAGCAGCAGCCGACUCUCUAUGCUGUGGAAAAAAAAGAUGCUGAUGGAAAAACUACUAUCACUGAAUUUCCAUUUUGUUACAAUGUUAAUAUGCUACAGAAAGUUCAUACACAGCCGAAUACAGCAACAACUGGCACGGCCACAAUUGAUGACAAAGGUUGCUAUCGUUUUGAAGUAGCAGCUCAACCAUUCGGCUAUAAUUACACACUGGUGAAUCAGAUGUCUCUUGCUGCAGCCGCAUCAACAGCGAGUUUUAAAUGUGAUGUUUGUGGUUUGCUCUUUGCACACAUAACAUUAUUAAACCAUCACAAGCGAAUUCACCAAAAUAAUGUUCAAACAAACACAGCAACAACGCAACAGCCACAACAGCAACAGCUGCAACAACAACAACAGCAGCAGCAACAGCAGCAGCAGCAACAACAACAGCAGCAACAACAGCAGCAACAACAACAACCACCACCACCACAACAGCAGCAAACAGAACGGACGUUCAAUUGUGACUUAUGUGGCGCUCAUUUUGGUCAGCUCUCUGACUUAAAGUCCCAUAAAACAAACCAUCACAAACUAAAAUGUUGUAACACAUGUGGUGUGGAAGUUCAAUAUGAGUAUGCCAAGGGCAAGAAGGCGAAAUUUCUGAAAUGUGAAAAUUGCAUAGCCAACACCCAAACAGCGAAUGCUUUUGUUCAGGCAACUGCAACACAUCAAGACUCAGGUACUGAGGCAACUCUAAAUGCUGUAACGCUUCACACUACUUCCCUGAACACUACACUGGGUACAAGCACGCUUAGUAUUCAGCAGACUCCAAUUAUGAAAGGAAAUUAUCCUGUCAAAAGACGAGGGGUGGCAACUGUCACCAAGUGCCAUAAGUGCAAUGGUUCUGGCAUCAUAUUUUUAGGAGGUAAUAGAACUAAUGUAGAAAAACCGUUUCAUUGCAAUGUUUGUGAUGGUACGUUUUCCAGGUAUUCUUCUUUAUGGAGUCAUAAAAGACUCCACUCUGGUGACAAACCCUUCAAGUGUGAUCUUUGUGGCUUAGCUUUUGCCAAAGCUGCUUAUUUAAAAAAUCAUGGUCGUGUUCACAGCGGAGAAAAACCAUUCAAGUGUCAGGUAUGUGGAAUGCAGUUUUCGCAAUCGCCUCAUUUGAAGAAUCAUGAAAGAAUUCACAGUGGCGAACGUCCAUAUCAAUGUGAAGUCUGUGAAAAGACAUUUGCAAGACAUUCAACUCUCUGGAACCACAGACGGAUACACACUGGUGAAAAACCAUACAGGUGUGAAAUCUGUGGCUCGGCCUUUAACCAGGCAACUCAUCUGAAGAAUCACGCCAAAGUUCACACAGGAGAGAAACCCUAUCGCUGUGAUAUCUGUGAUGUUGGUUUCUCAGAUCGGUUUGCUUUAAAAAGACAUCGAGGCAUUCAUGAAAAGUAUGGUCGUUUAAAUGCCAAUAACCAGCAGCAGCCUGGAGUCCAACAGACUGCCCAACCCACUCAACCCCCUACUCAGCAAGCACAACCAGUGCAGCAAGCUCAGUCAGCGCAACCACCUCAACCUACCCCACAAGUCCAGACCGUCACUGUUCAGGCUGCACAGCCCACCGGGAUGGAAGAGCUGUAUAAAUGUGAAGUUGGUACCACUAUAGCGUUUCCAGGUUGUUCUCGGCCACAAGACGGUAAACAAUAAAGUAAAAACUCUAGAACAUUAAAUUUUCUUGAUUAGGCCAUGCAAGAUGCAUUACAGGAGUGCCACUUUUUUUUUUUUUUUUUUAUUAAAGGUCGUUUCCUUACAGAGGUUUGUUUAACCUAUUACAAACUGUGAAUGGAAUGCUAUGGACUUCUUGGUUAUUCUUCAACCUCUCCAAUUUUUUCAAUAUUUUUAUUCCCUCUAGAUUUGUGGGGUAUCAUGAAAGAGGAAAAAAGCCUAUGAAGUGCUAUACAUUCUUAGUCAUGAUUACCAAAAUUUCCUUCAUUUUAGGGCCUUUUUUUAGGCUAAAGGAACUCUAGAUUUAAUUGGCACUCUAUUGAAUAAAGAGUUCAAGAAGAAAAGCGAAAGGCACUUAAGUUGCUCUUAAGAGAAUAGUGGAACUGUCGAGGAAAACUCAGUCUAUUUGGAAUUUCUUAUAAUCUGUUCACAAGUAUACUCCUUUAGAAAAUAAUAUCGGACACUCCAGUACUUCUGAAAAGCUAGAGUGGAAAAAUUAUGAUAAAAAAGGAAAUGAACCUUUUUGAAAAGACUGAUCCUAAUUUAAUGUUUGAAUGAUAAAGUAUCCUUAAUCGUUCCUCUCUGUAUUGGUAUCAUCAUAAAUGUUAUUACCCAGUACCAUUUAACCAUGAAUAUUCCCUUAGAAUAUAAAUUUACGCAUGCCAUGCCUGGAGGAACUUUUUUAUAAUUUUCCUCACCUCUUAAAAACAAGAACGCAAACAUCACAUUGAGAUAAAAUAAUAACUAUGGUGCGUUAGCAUUGGGGAUGUCAAAAAUGUCUCUGGUGAUCUCUAGAUGCUGGCUUGAUCAAACCUCCCCCCUCCAUCUGCAGCAGCCUGAUUGUUGAAAUUUUGUGUUUGUCGGGACGACAUAGAUGACAUAAGUUAACAGGCGGAGCGAGAUUGGUCGGCUAUAUCUUAUCGCUGCUUUGUCGUACCUUUGUCAGGUGGAAUGGACUACAUACUGUCGGAAACUUAAGAGGCACCGUUAGCUUGUUGUGAGUUCAACCCGACAUAGGCACGACAAAGCAGCGAUAAAACAUAGUCGACCAAUGACGCUCCGCCUUUUAACCCAUGUCAUCCAUGUUGUCCUGACAAACAAAAUAUUUCAACAAUCAGGCUGCAGUUAUGUUCAGAUUCCUAAGAUGCAAAGUUUACUGCUGAAGCAGUUAAGUCAGCAUUUAAGUACCACCAAACAAAGUUUUGAUAUCCAGGAUGCCAUCCUAGUAUUUUAUUUUUGUCAAUGUGCAGGUAUUCAUGGACUAUCUAUUUUGAAUGAGUGCCCAUCUAAUUUUAUGAAUUGGUUUUAAAUACCUUUUCCUAGAUUCUCCUAUUUUUUGGUGAUUUCUCGAUCAUCCCGGAAUGAUUUAAUAUAAUCUCCAACUACCUCAAUUCUAAAUAAAGUUAAAAGAAUCUACCCCUAGAGAAAAGUGUAGGCAAUAUUGAUUGUUCACUUUUGGCAUCACAGAUCACAUGUACAGUGUAUGUAAAUAAAUGAAUUUUAUCAUUCAUAUGGAAUCGCAACGUUACUUGACUGGAUCAAUUUUUUGCUGUAUGUGUGCAUAAAUACUCAAAAGUAGUGUAUCCAAAUGAUAAGUUGAUUUCUAGAAUAAAUCCCCUUAUAUAAUCUUCGUUCAUCUGUGAGAGUAAACUUUCAAAAUAAUAAGCGACUAUUAUUUGUCUUUCAGUGCAUUAUUUUUAAUUAAUUUGUAUUAUGUUUUUUGAAUAAAUUUGAACCGUAGUCAACUUCAAAAAGAAUUGCAUUUGUAAAAAUUAUUUUCUUGUUUAAUGUAAUUGAUUUUUAAAAUCAGCCUGCUAUGUGCUAUUCAAGCAUUUUUCACUGUAAAUAACUUGCGUUACAUUAUGAAAAUUAGUUUAAUGAUCAUGCAUUUUCCUGAUGAAUCAUAGGCCCUGCGGGUACUUAUUUUAAACAAAUUGUUAAAGAUCAAAAUAACACUGCUAGUUUCAAUUUGUGAAUUGAAAUCGAAAUAGAACCUUAUGAGUCCCAGAAUAAAUAUAGAUUUUUAAAAUCAA